AUGGCUCGCUCAUUUCUUCUAUGGGGCGUAUUGGCGGUUGGCAUCGUUGUGGAAGGACUGGUGGCGCCGGUGCCUCCUCAGCCGCUACCGAGGGAGAAGAGACAGCUGGGACAGGUCGACCUUCCUGUGACCACCGAGGAACUCUGCAAGAACAAGGACAAUGAGGAAUUCUUCAGGCUGCCGACCAUGCCAGAUUGCAGGGAUGUCUUCAGAUGUGACCGUAGCGGCACCAACGGGCCAAUCCGCCUCGCCGCCGUGCGCUGUCCGAAUGCCUUGGCUUUUGAUGUCGACAAUCAAGUCUGUGACUGGAAGAAGAACGUCAAGAAUUGUGAUAGACUGGAGCGCCCCCGGAAGGUGCAGCCCCUCCUGUACACGGACGAGCCGAUCUGCCCGCCCAACCAGCUGGCCUGCGGCGACGGCACCUGCAUCGCCAAGGCCUUCUUCUGCAACGGCAACAGUGACUGUGCCGACGGCUCCGAUGAGAAUGCUUGCAACGUGCGCGAGGACCCCAACCGCGCGCCGAAGUGCGACAAAGAGCAGUGCAUCCUCCCCGACUGCUUCUGCUCCGCCGACGGCACGCAGAUCCCCGGCAACCUGGGCCUCAACCAGACGCCCCAGAUGAUCACCAUCACCUUCUCCGGCGCCAUUAAUGAGGGCAACAUCGACCUGUAUCAAGACAUCUUCAAUGAGAACAACAAGAACACCAACGGCUGCCAGAUCAAGGGCACCUUCUUCGUGUCACACAGGUACACCAACUACUCAGCCGUCCAGGAGCUCCACCGCAAGGGCCAUGAGAUCGCCGUCUUCUCCAUCAGCAACCGCGCCGAAGCCUCCUACUGGACCGACGGCACUUACGACGACUGGCUUACCGAGAUGGCCGGCGCGCGCCUCAUCACCGAGAGGUUCGCCAACAUCACAGACAACUCCAUCAUCGGCGUCCGCGCCCCUUACCUACGCGUCGGCGGCAACACACAGUUCGAGAUGAUGACAGAUCAACUCUUCAUCUACGAUGCCUCCAUCACCGCCCCUCUGAGCCGCGUCCCCCUUUGGCCCUACACCCUUUACUUCCGCAUGCCCCACAAGUGCCACGGCAAUGCCCAGAACUGCCCCUCCAGAUCCCACCCCGUCUGGGAGAUGGUCGUCAACGAGCUGGAUCGUCGUGAAGACCUCAAGCACGACGAACAGCUCUCCGGCUGCCACUUCGUCGACUCGUGCACCAACAUCCGAGACGCAGAACAGUUUGAGAAGCUGCUCCACAACAACUUCGACAGGCACUACAACACGAACCGCGCCCCGCUCGGCCUCCACUUCACCGCCGCCUGGUUCAAGAGGAACAAGGACUUCAAGAACGUCCUUAUGAAGUUCAUCAACGAAAAGCGAGCGCAGAACGACGUCUACUUCGUCACGCUCCUCCAGGUGAUCCAGUGGAUGCAGAACCCCACGGAGGUCACCGCCAUCCGGGACUUCGCGGACUGGAAGGAGAAGUGCGACGUGAAGGGCCAGCCUUACUGCUCGCUGCCCAACUCGUGCCCUCUGAGGACCCAGGAGCUGCGCAACGAGGAGCUCAACCUCUACACUUGCAUGGAGUGCCCGCGCAACUACCCCUGGCUCCUGAACCCCACUGGCGACGGCCUUGACCUCGUGUGAGGAGGAGCAGUUGGAGUCCUGCAGCUGGCUAGGAUACCAUGUGGCAAUAUUCCCAAAUGAGACCCGAGGUCCAGCCUGACCGUACAGUAUAGAAUCUAGUCUUUAUAUUUUCGGGCCUGGUGCCUGAUUUAUUCUUUGUUUGUAUACGUCCUCUUAACUUCUUCAAGUAACAUUGGACCAUGUUUUUUUUCCCAAAGAAAAAUGAAAAA